AUGGCUUCCAUGGCAGCCGGUUUUGCACGGACUCGCAGUCCAGUUGCCCCAUUCCACAGAACCCAACCGAUUCAUUUCGGCGCCCACCUUGAAUUCUCCGUCAACCGUUUCCCCGGCGUUGGUACUUCACGGAGGUGUGAGGGGAGGGGGAUUCGCGCCGCCCUCCGAGUGCAGAGCAAUCUCAUUGAUCCCGAUGGUGGAUCGCUGAUGAACCUGAUAGAGCCCGAUGGCCCGGGAUGGGAGACGAAGCGGCGAGAGGCGCUGUUGUCCAGCAUACCCCAGAUCAAGCUAUCCAGGAUCGACCUCGAGUGGGUCCACGUUCUCAGUGAGGGUUGGGCGAGCCCACUCCGCGGUUUCAUGAGAGAAGCCGAGUUCCUCCAAACACUUCAUUUCAACUGUCUCCGCCUGGAAGAUGGGACGGUUGUGAACAUGUCCGUGCCUAUUGUGCUGGCUAUCGACGAUUCGCAGAAGCAGGCCAUCGGUGAAAACAGCAAGGUCACACUGGUUGAUGACAACAACAAGCCCGUUGCGAUUUUAAGCAAGUCAGCUGGCAACCUUCUUGUUAUUUUCCCUUUUGAUUAGAAUUAUAUUAAUCUCUGCUAAUUUCUAAUUACCGUGUUGCUUCUUGACAACUGAUUUCUUCUUUGAGCAUUUGUGACAAAAGUGCUGAAGUGAUUCCGUGCAUUUGUCUUGGCUAGGGAUGAUACAGCGGCUCAUUUUAGCCGAAAUGAUAUUAGAACUUAAGAUAAAGUUUCAUGGGAGACAAUCAUACAAGCUUUGACAAUAUAAAGUAUUAUUUAUCAAUCGGGUGUUACCCAUGUGUCAGCUUAUUUUUGUCAUUAAAAAUAUAUAUUUAACUGGUACGUUGAGUUCUAUGUAUGUAUUGUCUUGGUAAUACUGAAUUCUCUUUUGAUGAGAACUACGAAAGUUUUACUUCUUUGAAGUUUCUAUUAUGGUGUGCAUGGUUGAAUAUUGGUUAUAUACUUUCCCUUUAGGAAAUAACAUCGUUUUGAGCAGUAUUUAUUUAAGGAAAAAUAGAUUGGUUACUAAGGCUAGAGUAAGGCUAUGCUGUGAAUGGAUUUUGUGUUUCUUGACCUUCAGUUAUGUGCAACAUCCAAUAGAAGGUGAAGUUCAAUAUUUAGGAACCUGAGACAUUUUCUGUUUUGCUAGGAAGAACUGUAUUUUGAUAUUAUUCAAGUGCAAUAUUUUUGGAUUUUUGAGGAAACUUGAUUACCUUUAUUUUCGAGGUGCUUCAUUCAUUCCAGAUUAUUUUCACAGUUAUCAAUGGAGAUAGCUAUGGAUCUACUGUCCGUACACUCACCACGGACUCUCUGAUGAAUUUCAACCUUGGCUUCGUUGUUUCUUGGAAGAAAGUAAUAAUUUGAUAGAGGGUAUUGGCGAUUGAUGCCAUUUUCUGUAAGGGUUUGCCCCAUAGUCUUUCUUAUUUCAUUAAGUGCACCAUAGGGGAUAGUUAAAUAUAAAAUGUGUCUUUAUCUUUUUUGGAAAUUUAAAUGCAUGCCAUUCGUCUAGUGCCCCCAAAGGUGAUUAAUUUUUUCUUUUAAGCUGUUCAGAUAUUAACUGGGUGUUUUCAGUCAUCUAAACAUUGCUCAUGAACAGGUCUGAGUUGGAUUAAAAGAAAUCAAACUGAUGAAUUUGACAUUUUUUGUGCUUAGCCUCAUUAAUAAGGUCUUUUGUGUGCCGUUUCUGCACACUAUUGUGCUUGCUGUCGAUCAUUUGACUACAUGGCCUGGUUGCUUUUGAGAUCUGUCUUUUAAAUAUUUUCUGUUGAAUUUAUUUUAUAAUGCACAUCACUGAAAUGUGUUGAUGCUCAUAUUUAUUUUGAUAGUCUGUCAACCCAUAAUCUUUCUUAUUUUCUUUUAGUCUUGCAAAAUUUAGAAAUUGGCUGUUUGUUAUUUUACCACGUUUUACUAGAUUCCCAUCCAAAACACAUUGUGUAGAACUACUGGAUUUUUUUAUAUUGUUUUUUCCGUGAUAGUGCUCACCUACGAAAUUCUUUCUUGCUAAUGUACAUCUAGUAUGGCUGUGGUAAUCUUCAUAUAUUGUCUCUAAAACUAUUUGGAUUCUAAGACUAUGGUUACACAAAUGUCGAUGCAUUAUGCUUCUAAAGAUUUUAUUCAUUUAGUGAGGUCCCUUUUCCUGAGACUUCGUCAAACUUUAUAGAACAAAGAUUUUUUCUUCUUUCCCCUAUUAUUUAAAACUUUAGGCAGUUUGAAAAAUGGAGAGGCAAGAAGUAUCUAUCUUCAAUGAUUUUGAGUUUAUAAGAUCAAUAUUUUCCAGGUUAAUGCAUCUAGUGUAUCCAUUUGUCAAUUUUCUACUUGAUUUUAUCAACAACCUUUGUUCAAGCUCAAACCUUUCACAGGAAAGUUACCCCUCUUACAAGCCACAAUCUGGCAGAUGUAUUCUAAACAAUUUCUUGAGAUCUUAGAUCUUGCUGUUAGCAUUUAAAAACCAAGGCUUAUUUAUUGAUCUUACCAUCAGUGCGUCGAGCAUAGUGUACUAUUGACAUAGCAAGUUUGCGAUUUUCAUUUUGUUUCUGCCAUCUGUCAGUCAAUUUUUGAGCCUUGCAUUCUUUGAACUGUUCAUGUCGAACUGAGCUUCUGACCCACCAAAUGCAUGCCAUCGUAUCAUUAUUGUCGCUAAAAUGUCACACCUGGAGAUAACUUUUACAUCGAAGCAUCUGGUGCUCGUUGGUUAUGUUGAAUUUUUGGUUAACUAGGAUAAGUCAGAUAUCGACAAACUCUAUCAUUGAAUAUUUGAAUAUUCUAUUUUAGACCAAGGUUUUGUAACAUAUUUUAGACUAGGAGCUGGUUAGAAGCAGUAUUUUAAUGAGCUAACUGGAUGGGGAUAGUAUCAAUCUGUCAUUAUCCAUUUUUCGUAAGUAAUCUUUAAUUGUUCAGGAAAUCAGCGUUCCUACUUGAAUUGAAUCCUUUGUUGUCUCGUGGUGGUCCCUGCUGAAGGACAGCCCCUGUUAGUAAUAAAAGGGCAAAAAAAGGAAGGUUCAGGCAUGUAGUAUCCCUAACCCUUUUGAUUUCCAAUGAACACGAGUUCUGUCAAACAUUGUUUCGUUCCCUAGCUGAGUGAGCACUUUGAAUCAUCAGUUUUUUCUUUGGGGAGUGCUUUGACAACUCGCAUUCAAUGAAGUGAAAAUGUAGAUGGUUGGAGUGCUUUGACAACUCGCAGUCAAUGAGGUGAAAAUGUCUUCCCCGUACUAUUCUUCUGUGGUCCGAAGAGCAGAUGCCAAUGCUAAACACAUUGCAGUGCAAUGUGGCGGUUGCAGCAGUAUUAUCUAAAUAGUAUGAUAAGAAGCUGGAGUCAUAAGAUAGUUGAAACAUGCACAAAGAUAAGCAUUUCAAGGAUAGUUUGAAAAAAAUUUCACGCCGUAUUCUACUUCUAAGAACUUAGCAAAGAGCCUAGGAUAUGAUGCCUAAUUUCUUGGUGUCACCAGACUAAUUGGUAAGACUUGAUGAUAAUGAUUAUUCUUUUUGAAGAUAUUUACAGAGUUUAUCUACCGAAAAAAAAAUAUUAAUAUUGACCUUUGUGCCCCCAAAUGUUUCUCUUAUUGCAUGUUGUCAAUGUAGUCUCAUCCCUCAGUAGAUUCUGUUUAUGAGCAUACACUUUAUACGGUUUCUAGAUUAUUUAUAGGCUCCCUGUGCGUGCACCUUUUUAUGUUAUGUUGAGGUCUCUUGGUCCAAUUUUUCUGAACAGCCUUUAUAUGCCAUUGCACAGGUCAUUUUCUUUCACUUUACCCUGAAGAUUUGUGCAUCUUCUUACCCUUGAUGAACUAAUAUUCCAAAAAUAUGUUUGUAGAUGGGAUAAUGCUGUGGCCUCUACGUCUCUGAAUUUUUGUGCUAGAAUAAGUGAUUAAAUCAAUAUUUGCACUUCCUUCAGUAAGAUGUGACAGUCAGUACGACGGAUUUAUAGAAGCACUCGGCAAGGAUUCAUGUGUGUUUUUGAAUAUUGGAUGGAGAUUCAGUUUUCUGAUCAAGUGUGGCCGUGCUUUAACAUUAGUCUACAGAAAAGGGGAAACGGAUGAUUGAUGCUGUUGUUGUUGCUUUAAGGUUGAAUAUCUGUGCUACGUGGUUGAAUGCUUCCUUUUGUCAAUGACAAAAACACUCAUAUGACUGUAGCACUUAAGUUUUCUAGCUAAUUCUAUGUCUACUGAUAACCCUAUGUUGCGGUGGUAUAUCGUUAUGGAAAAGGAGAUAUUGAUGUAUUCCUAAAAUAAAUUUGAUUUUUUUCGGAGGAUAAAAGGUAAUUAAAAGCUACUGUUUCAUUUUUUGAAAUAUAAUCACUUUGGGCUUUAGUGCUCGCCAAUGUGCACUAGUAAUCUUGUUUCUUAGUACUGUUCUAUGGUUCUACUAUAUAUUUUUUUAAUUUUUCUCUGAGGCAACCUUAUCUCUUAUGAAGGAUAUUAUCACUUGGUAAGCCUUCAAUAACAAUAUAUCUUGUACACAGAGGUGGUUCAUCGUUGACUGUGCUCAUAGUAAAACUGGGAGUCGAGGAAUAGAAGCUAGAGUUAAGGGACGGCCUUUGCUUCUUGUUUUUUCGUGACAUCACAUUCUAUCUGCGCAUGAGUUAUAUCGAUGCACCAAGAACACCUGGGCUGAAGCAUUUUACCAUGUUCUAACUCCAUUGCCUGCGUUUCCUUUGCUGCCUUGAUAUGUCAGUACAUGGUUUUGCCUGUGUUGUUUCACUUCAUUUUGCUCUGUUUUAUGUUUGAACUCAGCGUUGAGAUAUACAAGCACAAUAAAGAAGAAAGGAUAGCAAGAACAUGGGGAACAACUGCCAAGGGUCUGCCUUAUGUUGAGGAAGCUAUAACUAAUGCUGGAAACUGGCUGAUUGGAGGCGAUUUGGAGGUCUUCGAGCAGAUCAAGUACAAUGAUGGCCUAGAUCGGUAUCGGUUGUCUCCUUCUGAACUCCGUGAAGAGUUCACGAGGAGAAAUGCAGAUGCAGUGUUCGCCUUCCAGCUUCGGAAUCCAGUGCACAAUGGUCAUGCUUUACUUAUGACUGACACUCGUCAGCGUCUGCUGGACAUGGGAUACAAGAAUCCGAUUCUACUGUUGCAUCCGUUGGGAGGCUACACAAAAGCUGAUGAUGUGCCACUUUGGUGGAGAAUGAAGCAACAUGAGAAGGUUACUACCUGUUUUGCUUUUGAUGGUCGGUUAUAGUUGUAGCGCCAUGCUAAUCAAAGCAUUUGAUCACACCUUCAAGUUGGAUCAAACUUCUCACCCUUUCUUCUGAGUGCCCGAAGCGCCUCAAUUAUUUGGGUGCUGAAAGAUUGCCGUUUCAAUAACGAAAGUUCCAAGUUUUUAGACCAAUUUAGUAUGCCAUUAUUGAAACAAACCCAGUGCGUGGAUAUUCUGAGCAGGGUGUGCUCCAUGUUUCAGGUACUCGAGGAGGGUGUUCUGAACCCAGACACAACAGUUGUAGCGAUUUUCCCAUCUCCAAUGCUCUACGCAGGCCCGACAGAGGUGCAAUGGCAUGCUAAAGCCCGUAUAAAUGCUGGUGCUAAUUUCUACAUUGUGGGCAGGGACCCAGCAGGUAUAAGUCAUCCUACUGAGAAAAGAGACCUCUAUGAUGCGGAGCAUGGUAAAAAGGUCCUUAGUAUGGCUCCUGGGUUAGAGAAGUUGAACAUCAUUCCAUUUAGGGUAUGUACACAUCUCAUUAGACUUCGUCUUCCACAUAAAUAUUUUCAUCUUAAGUGCUUGGUCAUUUAAAAACGUAUCAAUUUCGUUUUCUCGAGAUUAGUUUAAGUGAUAUUCUUGUUAUAAUGUCAAGGGAGAAUAAUACUAAGUUUUACUCGUGGAGCCUCGUUUCAUGAUGUAAUGGGUAGCUUUCUGGUUUCUUCGUUCAGGUGGCUGCUUAUGACAAGAAGCAAAUGAAAAUGGCCUUCUUUGACCCUUCAAGGUCAAAUGAUUUCAUCUUCAUAUCAGGCACCAAGGUAAGGCUGAUACUCCCAUCUCUUUCUAUUGCUUGGGCCACAUUUGUUUCUUGACUCACCCAUCUCUUUCUUCUUAGAUGCGAACUCUAGCCAAGAAUCUGGAGAGUCCCCCGGAGGGCUUCAUGUGCCACGGCGGCUGGAACGUACUUGUUGAGUACUACCGUAGCCUGCUUCCUUCAGAAGGCAGCGGGCUUCGUGAAUCUGUUCCGGCUUAG